AUGGAUCCCAACUGCUCCUGCGCCGCUGGUGGCUCCUGCACCUGUGCUGGCUCCUGCACCUGUGCUGGCUCCUGCAAGUGCAAAGAGUGCACAUGCCCCUCCUGCAAGAAGAGCUGCUGCUCCUGCUGCCCCGUAGGCUGUGCCAAGUGUACCCAGGGCUGUAUCUGCAAAGGGGCGUCAGAGAAGUGCAGCUGCUGUGUCUGAUGUCGGG